CAAACCACAACCGGAAGUCCUGUUCUUGUUUCUGUUAGCUGCUUCAAAACCAGCUACUACGGUAGCAGCUAAAGGCCUAAUUGUAGUCUGUUAGCGUUGGUAACGAAAUAUAGUUUUAAUACUGCCUCGACCAUGGAGUCUAACGAUGCAGGGCGAGGAGGAUGGAAAUCCAAGCCUGUACAGCUGCAGAAAAACAAGAUGAACAUGAAUAUUCUCCGUCAGGAAAAGCUGAUCGCUCAGAAAAAGAAGGAGAUUGAAGCCAGACUGGCAGAGCAAGCCAAAAUCAAUGUGCAAACCACGAGCAAACCCCUGCCGCCAAGUAGUUCUCCGAGUUCUCUUCAGGGGCCUUCCUCAAACAAGUUUGCAAAUGAUGGAAGUUUCUUGCAGCAGUUCAUGAAGAUGCAGAAGGAGAAAUCCAACAAUGGGUCUGGUUCCACCAGUGAUACCAAAGCUCCCUCAACCUCAGCGUCAUCACCAGGAGGAAACUCACUCCAAAAAAAGAGCAUUCUUGUUGGCAAGCGGCCUGGCCUCGGAGUCAGUAGCAUGCUGAGUCAGUUCAAGAACUACUCACAGUCCAAGAAGAAUCCCGUUCUCAGCCAGAGGCCAAGUGUGUUUUGUUCUCCAGAUGAUGAAGAUGAGGAAGAAGAGACUGAUUACUCCAGAUUCUUAGAGAUGAAAGUUUCUCCCCCAGAGGAUACAGACACCAGACUCAUUAUCGACAAGAUGGCCUCUUUUGUGGCGGAGGGAGGACCUGAGUUGGAGGCAAAGGCCAAGGAGGACUACAAGGACAAUCCUGUUUUCUUGUUUUUAUAUGAUAAGAGCACCCUGGAGUAUCUUUACUACAAAAGAAAAGUUGCAGAAUUGAGAAAGGAUUUGCUAAGACCUGAAAACGCAUCGGAUAAUGUCUCCCCCCCAGUGGACGCAGAAACCCAGCAGAUGGCUGAGAAGCUAGCCAGGUUUGUGGCAGAGGGUGGUCCCGAGGUGGAAGUCAUCGCUGCUGAGCGCAACAGAGACAACCCUGCCUUCAGUUUUUUAUAUGACUACCAAAGUCCGGCCUACCACUACUACAAAGAGAAAUUAAAGGAGUAUCGUGCCACAGCUUCUCAGAGCUCUUCACCUCCUGAAGCAGAGCUGUGGACAGACCCUCAGCGACCAGCUGCGCCACCAUUACCAGAAAUUUCUCCACUGCAGAAUCCUGCUUUUCUACCCCACAUUCAGGAGGCAGGAUCUCCACCUGUCAAACGGAAGAGGAAGAGUAGAUGGGGGUCUGAAGACGACAAAGUUGAGCUGCCCAUUCCGCCCAUCAUUAUUCCUCCGGAGAUAAAUGUGCCAGACCCUGACACACCCUCUCUCUCUGCCCAGGAGCUUAGAGGUCUCGGUUAUAAGAAGGGGAAGCCUCUUGGUCUGGUAGGAGUGACAGAACUAUCUGAGGACCAGAAAAAACAACUCAAAGAGCAACAAGAGAUGCAAGAGAUGUAUGACUUGAUCAUGAAGCAUAAGCGUGCAAUGGCAGAUAUGCAGGUGAUGUGGGAAAAGGCAGUUAGAGAACACCAACAUGAAUACGACAGUGACGAAGAGGUGGACCAGAGGGCAGGCACCUGGGAGCAUCGUCUCCGAAAGAUGGAAAUGGAGAAGACCCGUGAGUGGGCCGAAUCUCUGACAGAAAUGGGCAAAGGGAAACACUUUAUUGGUGACUUCCUGCCACCUGAAGAGCUGGAAAAGUUCAUGGAGACCUUCAAGGCACUCAAGGAGGGUCGGGAUCCAGAUUACUCAGAAUACAAAGAGUUUAAGUUGACGGUGGAGAAUCUCGGUUUCCGAAUGCUGAUGAAGAUGGGCUGGAAGGAGGGUGAAGGUCUCGGCAGUGAAGGACAGGGAAUCAAGGCCCCUGUCCACAAGGGAACCACCGCUAUGAACGGAGCAGGGUUUGGAGUCGAUCGUCCAGCCACGCUCACAAAAAAUGACGAUGAAUACGACGCUUUUAGAAAGAGGAUGAUGCUCGCUUACCGCUUCAGGCCCAACCCACUGAAUAAUCCACGGAGACCAUAUUACUGAUGUAAAGGCCUUUUUUUUUGUUUUGUUUUUUUUGUACUUGUUCUUGUUUAUCGUAACUUAAAAGCUCUGCUCUCAGUUGUGAAAUGGACACUGUUGCACAAAAGGAAAUUUUAAAAUUUGAAACAUGAAUGGAGACAACUAGUAGAAGGAUUGGCCCAGUUUUCCAUCUGUUUGAUGUUUAAUUUGUUUUUUGUUUUGUUUUUUAAAUCAAAUGUUUUUUUUUUUAAUAAUUGUUCAUCCAUUUUGUUGCAUUGUACUGUAACACCUUAAAAUAUAGACAUGCAUCCCCUGACCUCCAUAACUUCAGUUUGUUGCCAUCAUGUUCCCUUUCAAAGCUUGUCUUGACUUCCCCUUUCCCAGUCCUGUGUUGGUACACAAACUUCUGUAUAAUCUUACUGUGCUAUAAUAAUUUUUUCUUUCUUUCAUUAUAUGCGUCAGCAUUCACAAUAAAAAAACAAAACAAUGGCCACUUACUGAAAUGUGGAGUUGUCACAGUGUUAUAACUACUGUACUUGUAUGUUGAGUCAGUGUUUAUUAGGAAAUAAGUACGAGCUUGUUUAUGGUACACAUUCACCCAA